UAUAACAAUGCUUUAAAUGGAGGUUUAAGAAUAAGCUUUAGGUCCACCAACUGGUGGUUAGGGGAUUCAAAAUCCCCAACUUUGAAUGAACCAAACAACCACCGCCAUGAAAGAGAAAGAGAGAGUUUGAAGAACUACGGCGGCUGGUUCUCUGUUUCUAGUCUACCCACGUAUGAAAGUUGGAAUGAUUGACGUUGGAUUUAUCUAUUUUUUUAAUCAGAAAACUAGAAGGAACUAAGGGUUGCUGUUAUUGGGAUCCUUCGCCUUGGGACUUUCUUCUUGUUUUGUCUCCGUUUUGGGUGGUAUAUUUCUUCGAUCUCUUUCAACGGAAUAUCUCAGGUUCUACUUUGAUGGACCUCUUGUCCAACAAUUCAUUAUCUGUCCAUGACUGUCAAGUUUCAUCCACCUCCAUUAGAGACGAACUUGAACUCAUCCCUUUAAACCUGCAAUCAGAUUCUGUUCCUCUUGAUCAUAACUCAUUUGGUGGGGAUUCUCAUCAGAUUGAUUUAGACAGAAAUCCAAGUUUUGAUCAGUCUCAAGCAUUAUUAUCCCUAAGUCUCGGGAAUCAAGGGUUGUAUUCAUCGCCUUAUUUCAUUAGGCAAUCAUUUGAUUCACAUGAGAGAAAUUGUUCUGGUCAAUAUAUGUUUGAAUCAUCGGAUAUAGCAAAUGUCGGAUUGAAUUGUAGGUAUCUUAAGCCAGCUCAAGAAUUGCUUGAUGAAAUGGUUAGUGUGUGGAAAACACUUAAACCGAUCAAGCUACCUUUGAAUAGUGAGAUUUCAGGUGACCAGCUGCAGGAGCUAACCACAAACCAGGAUUUGAAUGAGAAGAUGUCAAAGCUUUUGAAUGUGUUGGACCAGUUAGAUGGAAGAUAUAGACAAUAUCGCAAUCAAAUGGAGAUUUUAGUUACAUCAUUCGAAACAUUAGCUGGAUAUGGUUCAACCAAACCAUACACAACCCUGGCUCUGCAAACAAUUUCACGUCAGUUUCGGUGUAUACGUGAUGCUAUUAAUAGCCAAAUUCGGGUUAUUCAGAGAAGCAUUGGGGAUCAAGAAGAAGCAAAACCUUCAUCUAGUCAAGGACAGUUUACACGUUUACGUAACCUCGAUUUACAGUUUAGGCAGCACAAGUCUCUUCAGCAGUUUGGUAUUAUGCAACAACAACAACAACAAUCAUGGAGGCCACAAAGAGGACUUCCAGAAAAUUCUGUUUCUGUUCUUCGUGCUUGGCUGUUUGAGCAUUUCCUAAAUCCUUACCCCAAGGAUUCUGAAAAGAUCAUGUUAGCCAGACAGGCAGGAUUGACCAGAGGCCAGGUAGCCAAUUGGUUUAUAAAUGCAAGAGUUCGGCUUUGGAAGCCCAUGGUUGAGGAAAUGUACAAAGAAGAAUUUGGUGAAGAUGCUAAAGCUUCAAUACCCGAAGAUGAAUGGAAACAACAGAACCAAAACCUUCUCGAGGAAGGAAAUCCAUUAAUAAUAGCCAAUGAAAGUGGUGGUGAUACCUUAUACGAUGAGAUUGGAGAACUUGGCGAUUUGAUUGUUGAAAAUCAAGUUUCAUUAGCACUUGGAUUGCAGUAUUCAGAGAGAAUCAAUUCAUUGCCUGCAACUGAUAGAGUGUCAUUUGAUCAUGAUUGUAUAUGGGAAAUGAAUGGAAGAUAGUGUAAAUAUAAACAUGAUUACACAUUUGUAAUAUAGGAAAGAAGAAGCAUAUUAUUGUAGGAUUAUAGUGUAUUUGUGUAGUAAUUGUAAUAGUAGUAGUAGAUACAACAUGGAUCAUAUAUACAUACAUAUAAUAAUGUAAAUUUUGUUGAAUAAACUUGAAGAGUGUGUAUA